AUGUCAACAAAUUAUUUGACACGUGGAGAAUUGAAUUUAUCAAUAAAUCAUAAUAAUUAUAAUAAUAAUAGUAAUUGUAAUUAUAACUCUAAACUUCAUUUACAAGUGAAAAUUGUGGACGAAGAGGCAGAAUCAAUUAAUAAUCAUCGUUAUUGUGAUGUGGAAAUUCUCUGUAAAGAUGGAGUAAUUGUUCAUGGAAUUCGAUCAAUACUUUCUGCUCGAUCUCAUACAAUAGAUCAAAUUCUUUUUCCUAAUUCUCUUAAAACUCCUUUAACUCCAUUUAUUCACACUCCUAAUAGAGAAAAUUUCGAGAAAUAUAUUGUAUUUCAAAAUAUUGAUUCACCUUCAAUGUUAUUUAUAUUUAAUUAUUUAUAUACAGAAAUUAUAGAAUUGGAUAAAUUAACUGAAGAUAAUAUAAUCGAUUUAUAUUAUGCUGCUAAUUAUUUUCAAUUAGAUCAAUUAGAAUUGGAAAUUGAAAAUUAUUUUCAAAAAAUAAUUGACAACAUAUCAAUUAAGAAAAUUCCUGAAUUAUUAUCAAAGGCUAUUUCAUUGGAUAAUAUUGAAGUUGGUUCAUUAUCAUUCAAUGCUCUUCAAUGUCUUUUAUCUUCCACUAAAAAUUCUAUUUUCGCUUCAAGCGAAUAUUCCAUUCUUCGUUACUCUAUUUUAAUUUGUGCUAAAAUAAUAUCAAAUUAUUCCUCACCAAUUUUUGAAAUCUUGACACCUUUAAUGGAAUUUAUUGAUUUAAGAAGAAUUAACGGUACUAUAUCAUUAUUUCUUUCUAAUCCAUCAUUAUCUCCUUCAUCUUCAUCGCCCCUUUCAUCUCCUUUGGCGCAAAUACCACCACCUCCGCCUACACCUUCUGAACCCACUAUUACUUAUGAUUUCAAAUGGAGUUCUAAAUUUAUUGGUUCAAAACUUAAAAUAAUUGAAAAUGAUUAUGUUCUUACUUCACAUUCCUACUUUUCAUCUCAAGCCGCAAGAGCUAAUCAUUCUUUAACUAAUGGAUUUCAUGAAUGGGAUAUUGUACUAGAAAAGUUAUCUGAAUAUGUUUGUAUUGGUAUUUGUGGUGAAGAAUAUAAUUGUUCUUUGUCUUAUGAUAGAAAUUCUUCACAAGGAUGGUAUUUAUUAGUAGAAUUUAAAAAAGGAACUGUAAUUACUGUACAUUUGGAUAUGAAUUCAAAGAGAUUGGGAUUUUCUGUAAAUGGAAGAAGAUUUCCUGAUUUAAUGGGUUGGAAUGAUUUUCCUACCAAAGAAAUCGAUGCAUUCACGAAAACAAUACUUCCACGUCACUUUAAACAUUCAAAUUUCGCUAGUUUUGUACGACAACUUAAUAAAUAUGAUUUUCAUAAAGUAAGAAAUUCGGAUGAUUCGGAUACUCUAUAUGGUGAUCAGGCAUGGGAAUUUUAUCAUCCCAAAUUUCACUGUAGUAAGCGUGAUCAAAAAACUCCAUCACAUCGGAAAAAUGGAACAGUAUGCUCAAAUGAAGAUCCCAAUCAUCAUCAUAUAAUGACAGAACAAGUGAAUAAAUUAUCAACACAAGUGAAUAAUAUAACAGAACUUCAAACUAAUAUAAACGAACAUCUUCACACUUUGAGCACCAAUUAUCGAUCCGUGGUUCAAGAUUUAUUGAAAUUACAAAAAAAUAUGUCUGAUCAACAUCAAUUAAUUCAGAAUUUGGUACAACAUUUAGUUAAUUUAGAAAUGGAAAAAUCGGGUAUUUCUCGUGUUCACGAAAAUCAACUAAGAAAUAAUUCAUCAGAUUAUAUUAAUACAAUUCCUUCAGAACGAGCACAAAGAUUAAUUAAUUCAUAUGUUGAAAUUGCUCAAUCCUCAUAUGAUCAAAUGAAUGAUAUUUCAAGACUUCAUCGCAGUACAUUUACGCCAACUUGGACAGUUCCUCCCAAAGUUCUUUUGGUUGAUGAUGAUGCAGUUUAUCAAAAUAUGGGAUCCAAAUUUUUACAAAUAUUUGGUUGUUCGACUGAUAUUGCCGUAGAUGGAAUAAGUGCUGUUAAUAAAAUGAAUUUUGAAAAAUAUGAUUUAGUAUUAAUGGAUAUUGUCUUGCCACAUUUAGAUGGUGUAGAAGCAACUACUCAAAUUCGACGAUUUGAUCUCAAUACACCAAUCAUUAGUAUGACUUCAAAUAUAACUUCUCAAGAAUGCAUAAAAUAUUAUUCUCAUGGAAUGAAUGACAUUUUACCCAAACCAUUCACUAAAGCAAAUUUAUUAUCAAUAUUUGCAGAGGAUAAUGAAAUAGAUCGAGGUCAUGAUAUAAAAAGAGUUAAAAGAAGUUUUGUUGAUUGA